CCGUGGCCCUCGACUUGCUGCAGCCGACUGCCUCAACACGAGCACAAUUCCCUUAUACCUCUCUCGCUAGCAUUCACUGUCACUGCUAGAAUCUGAGCUUGAGGCUGAGGUAGCGGCAGUAGGAUUCUCCUCAUACAUGCACACUCGGCGUGCCCCUGCUCCCAAUCGUCACAGUGAAAUCCGGACUGUGCAUCAAGCCUACACCGUGUUCGUACACAAUUCUCGGAAGCGGCGACAGUCAUGAACCACUCGAAGGAUGCCUCUGAGGCAGAGGUUGUCGAUCCGCUGGCUCGGUAUCCACGUCGCGUUAGGCACAUUACUGCAGUACAAGUCCGUAAUCUGACACCAUUCCCUGUUCGAGAUGCGUUUGCCUCUGCUCUCAAACAAUCCUCGGAGCAGCCACAGUUCACACCACAGGGCCACCUCUCGGAUGACCUUGACCUUACGAUUGGGCGGAAACGAGCCAGGCGGAUGUCGUCUUCGUCCAGCAUACACAUAGUGUAUCACAGACCAGGCACGGAGGAGGUCCACCGUGAUCUCGACGGUCCGAACGGGAUCGGGACCAGAAGGAGAACAACGUCCAGAACCAGUGUAUCUAGCAUCCAUCCUCCCUCUGCGGCUUCUGGUCUGCAUUCGUCACGGAGGUUUUCGGUAGCAGGGGCGGCACCUACUGUACGCCCAUCUCACCGACCGCGCACAGUAUCAGGCGCGUCAUCGUCCUCACGCACUGGAUUGUUCUCAGCUGUGGAUCAGCAUGACUCCGCUCUUUCUGGCAUUUCGCAUAUUCCGAAUCUUCUGCAGGAUGUUUCUCAGAGAGGACUUGAGAAAGUCCUGCAGAGCCGACUUGUCGAGACUUUCCUCACUAUUACGCUUCCGUCUAUUCCGUCAGAGUCCGACACUCCUCUCAAAGAGACAGCCGAGAUAGACGGUGCUUCGGCAGAAGGGGGCUACUCCAAAGCUGCCUCGCAAGCUAAGCAGGAGAAAGCAUCGACCUCCACGCACAAGCCGGAAUCUCCCAGGACGAGCAAUAGAAGAAUCACAAACGGUACAACUUCGCCAAAGACAUCUUCAUCCCGGCUAUCAGCUUCCACAAAUCGGACCGCCGUCAGCUCAUCACGAAGCAGUUCAUUUGACGUGAACAUCAAAUCUGCGUCCUCGUCAUCACUUGCUAACAAGCCGGCCAAGUCAUCAACCUCACCUUCUGGAAGCAAGCAACGCCCUCCUGUACCCUCACCGCUCACAUCUCCUACAUUAACGACCUUCAAAACUGCACACUCACGCCAUUCGACGCCUCCAAGUACACCUUCCUCUCCGAGACCGAACAAAGCAACCUUGAAUGAUGGGCCUUGUGUACCAAGCUUCAUCUCGCCUAUACACUGGCCUUCGACAAAUCCUGCGUUUCAACUUGAUGCGCGGUCGCGAGGCGAGUUCGCACCGGGAGCGGAUCUAAGCGGAUCGAAGAUGCGGGUGGAGGUGUGGGGGCACGUCAAGCGUGGGUUGGGCUGGUCAUCAAGCGGGGAUCGGGACUUGAAGGGUAAAGGUAAGGAAAGGGAGCGCAGUGAGCAGGAUGGUCUGGAAUGGAAACUUUUGCAAGGUUGGGAUGUUGACUUGGGCGAUCUGGUACCGUUAUCCAAAGAGCUUGCCACUUAUCCAUCACAUCUGCCGUCUAACUCGCUCUUAGUCACUCUCUACCCGCCUGGGCGGACGUACUAUCUGCCUACACCCGACGCGACGCCGCCAUCGCCGCUUCCUCCUUAUGACGCUGGAUAUAGUUCAGAUCCAGAGUCCGAGGCGAGAAAAACUAGUGCUGCAGACGAGACCAUCCUGCCCAGCGAGCGGAUCUGGACGUCCGAAAAGCUUAGUGAUCAGCCAGAAGUGGAGGAUUCUGAGCAGAAGGAAUAUGGGUCACUCCGACGGAAAGGCAAGCGGAAAACGGCCUCUUGGCAAGAGUUACUUAGACUGAUCAAUUUGCAGACAUGCAUCCUGGAUAACGAGCGAUCGCUUUCGGAUAUCGUGCACAAGAUUGACAAGCUGGUCACUCAACCAGGUGCGGGCCUCGUGCGUCGCGAAGUAUCCGAACGCGAGGCUUGGAUAGGACAGCUGCACAGCGAAGCCGCAGAUCUGAACGCUCAGUCGGACAAGCUGAGAGAGCGGCUCGCGGCUCGGAGAGCAGAUCUGCAAAAACGCAGAGAGCUUCUCGCGUUGGCGCGUGAGUUGAAUGAGAACGCUUCCCAGCUGGAGUUCGAGCAAGAGGAGGAGCUCAUUAAUGAAAGGGGACGUCUGAGUACUCUGCGAGAUCAGAUCGGGCCCAUGCGAAGCCUACUCAUUACAACGCUCUCCUUCAUCUUUCCCAUCGAGCUCGUCUCGCCACCAGAUCUGCUCUUUACCAUCCUCGAUGUGCCGCUGCCCAUCCCGCUGGGCCCCAACGACCCUGCCCCUCCAUUGUCGCUAUCGUCGCACAAGGAGGUUACGGAGGAUGCCGUGGCCACCGCGCUUGGAUAUGCCGCGCAGGUGGUGCAAAUGCUCGCGGCGUACAUAGGCAAAGGCCUCGUGUAUCCAGUCACUUGCGUGGGCAGUAGAAGCUUGAUUAAGGACGGGAUAUCGGCGAUGGUGGGGCCGAGGAUGUUUCCUCUUUUCUCAAAAGGCGUCGAUACUUACCGCUUUGAGUAUGGCGUCUUCCUGCUCAACAAAGACAUAGAGCUUCUCAUGUCUGAACGCAAUCUCCGAGCUCUAGACAUGCGACAUACAUUACCGAACCUGAAGAACUUGCUUCUGACUCUCAUCGAUAACAACGAGAGUGUUGAGCUCCCGUCACAUCGCUUCCCACUCGCCUCCUCAGAGUCCAUAUCUUCAUUGCAGUCUCCGAUCCUUACUGCGUCUUCGCUGCCUGCGCCUUCCGACAUCGCAACGCCUACCGUCGAUGCAAAACCCGAUGGCUUGCCCGCCGUCGUGACGAAUGUGUCAGCGGAUGAGCACGGAGCCGAAUCUCCUCCACAGAGCGGGUCGACGACGCCAACGAGGGCUCAUCCCGAUUCGGGCAGUUCCACUCGCAAGUCGCGCGCGUUCCUCGACCUCGCGCCGCUAACAGGCUUCCUCCGCGCGCGUUACCCGUCGAGCUCGCGGCCCAUGGUGCGAUCAGUGCCGGAGUCGCCGGAGGGAUCGCAGGAGGACUCGUCGACGCCGACGACGAGGACGAGUACUGACGCGAGUGACGAGGGCACGUCGGAGGCGGGCCCGGCCGAGAGCGAGGAUGACCGACGCACGAUUCGUGGGCACGGGGAGGGCGCUGAGGAGGGCAAGAUCGGGCUGGAGGCGCAUGGCAACGGACAUGCCGCACAUGGUGAGGAGAACGGUACGGGCGAGAAGGCGGAGGAGAGCGUGCACGAUCGAGCCACGCCGGCUGUGCUGGUGAACGGCACACAUUGACGUUGUUGCUAGACAGUACCUUCUAUUCGCUAUGGACGGUUUAUACGUAUGUAUGUACAUUUCCGUCUCCUAUGGUGUGUGCUAUCGGCCGCUCGUCGCUUAUGCUUGCGAUAUAGAUUAGGAUACCGCUAUUUCGCUGCAGCCGACGUUCUCGGUAAUGGGAUUAAUUGACUUGCUCGACAG